CCCAGAACUAUCUCUCAUCGUCUGCGAGACCCCUCAAUCCAGCGACCUCGCCCAUCGCAUUACGCGCCCGAGCUGCGCCGCCGCUACAAGCACAGCCUUGUCUCGCCGCCGCGUCAGGCUGCAACUCCUGAGCCUCACCAAAUUCACCGUUCCAUGACCUAGCGACCUACACAACCAUGGCGCGCCUCAACCGCGAUCCAGAAGACACUCCUGCUCCGAGUCGCGAAUCAUCGCUGUACCGCGAUCCAACACCCGUCUCUCAAAUCGGCACGCGACGACGACCGCAACGCGCAUCCACACGCGAAACGACCUACUCAGUGCUCUCGCCCACUCCCGGCACCUCGUCCGAUAAGGAAAACCGGCCAGACGACCGCGACGAGACACCUCGCCCAGUGUGGAAUGGCAAAGAGCCGAUGGGGCCCCCAACCCUUCCCACGCCCAGUUCCAAUACCCAGCAUGACAACAAGCGGCGAAGGCUCGGGGACUUCAACAUCCCCCCGGCGAGCAAAGCCCCCCCGAAUCCAGAUACUCCGGUCGAAGAGUACGUACAGAAGCAGUUCUAUGACCCGGACCAGGAUCCAAAGGAGCGCCGGGAGGUGCGCAUGCGCAUGCGCGAGAACUUUCGGGAUAUGACUGAUCGCAAGGACGAGCUGGUGCAUCCUCAGAACAACGACUUGAAGGAUCUCAUCAAACAACAAAAUAAGCAUAUGAAGAAGGUCAAACAAACGUCUGACGCAGUGGUGGACUCCAAAUUCCUGGUACACGCCAGCGAGCUGGCACUGAAGAAGACUACGAACGGUGUUCUCGGAGACACGGCGGGCCAGAUCGACGUGGACGAGUUCGUCUCGAAAUGUAUCAGGUUCAUGCGGAACGGCGGCAACCAGGACGACGAAUCAGACAGCGACGACCAGAGGCGUACAUCCACUCAAGCCCGUCGCCGCCAACGAGCCGAGCCAGACAGCGAUGACGACCAAGAAGAGAACGACGGCGACGGCUUUGACUGGGCUGUCCUAGGCCGACGCGCCUGCUUCCCCUCGAACAAGCGGCCACCGUGUCCCAACUUCCUCCUCGGCCCGCUCUCUGUCCAAAAGCGCGUCCGCGUAACCCAAGGCCGACGAGGCCGCCUGCAGACACAAGCCCGAGGACCCGUCACGCGCCCCAAGUCCAUCGAGCGCGAAGACAUCGAGGCAGCCACGAACACGACUCUGACGCACAUGGUCUCCCAGAUCAGAUCGCAGCUAAAGGAGCACUGUAGGAAGGGCAUGGACGCGGUCGACGCCGAAGUGGACGAAGACGCUAGCGAGGAAGACUACUACAAGGCCAUGACCGCCCACCGCAUCCGCGUGAACGCGGAAGGCGAGGCAGCCGUCGACUUCUUCGAUCUAAUCAUCAACCCACACUCCUUUGGGCAGACGGUGGAAAACAUGUUCUAUGUUAGUUUCCUGAUCAAAGAGGGGAACGCGAAGAUGGGCAAGGAUAGGCACGGUUUGCCUGUGCUGUCGUACUCUGAACCCCGCAAGAUUGUCGAACAGCGCGAACAAAAGAUAUCAAGACAUCAGGCUGUCCUCGCUCUCGACUACCCCAUGUGGCGGGGCUAUAUCAAGGCGUACAACAUCAAAGAACCGCUGAUCCCGCACCGCACCGACGACGAAGGAAACACUGUCACGGUGAGGGGAUGGUAUGCGUAGGCGAGCGACGACAGUGGUGGCAUGCUCGGUUUUCAAUUCGGUCCAGUUAGGGUGUGACUUUUUGCGUUAUCAGAAUUGAUUUAGAGCGCCGGCGAAUUUUUCACAAGGCUAUACCCACCGAGAUCAGCAGGUAUUUUGAGGUUCGGAUUACGGUCAGAGGGGUUCAAGGAGUUUUACUGGGUCGACGCGUCUGUGGACCGAUCGGGUCGGAUAUCAGACGGCAUACUUUCAUAUACCUAGGCAGGCGCGAGAGCUUGCACGUAAUGCUUCUAAAGUGGUUCUUCCAAUGAGUGGUAUUGAUAUUGACCUGGAGAUACGUGAAGAAAGGGUAUCGUAACAUAGAUCUCACCCAUUCCACCUCCAGCGUAUCCCUUACACGUAAUCAUCCCAGC